GUAAACAAUACUUGGAAAAGAGGUUCGCGUGGCAUAUAUAAAAGAAGUUUGACUAGUACACAACAUACAGACGUCUCUCUAACAUUUGACAGUACCAAUUAGUCUAUUAGUUUCUCCAUUGAAAAAUGGCUCAAAACAUGGGAGCAACAAGCUCUUCAAACGAUGAAGGAGUUAGCAGCAGGGAACAAGAUCGUUUGUUGCCUAUAGCCAACGUUGGUCGAAUAAUGAAACAAAUUUUGCCACCAAAUGCAAAAAUCUCAAAAGAAGCAAAAGAAACAAUGCAAGAAUGUGUGUCUGAAUUCAUUGGAUUUGUGACAGGUGAAGCAUCGGACAAGUGCCGGAAAGAGCGAAGGAAGACGGUGAACGGCGACGACGUUUGUUGGGCUUUAGGAACCCUAGGGUUUGAUGAUUAUAGUGGUGCUUUGAGGAGGUAUUUGCAUAGAUAUAGAGAGAUUGAAGGUGAGAAAGUAAAUCAAGAAAGAGUUAGUGAAGAGUUGGAAGAGCAAGCAGGAGGAUCUUCCUCACAUAGAAAUCCUCAGCCAAGAAACUAUCUCGAUUAGGAUUAUAGUACUAUUUCUCAUGGGGUUUUUUUCUUGAUUUACAUUUUAUAAUCAUUUCUUUCAUAGAUUCUAAUUACAAAGGUUUGAUUUUGUUCUAAUAGCAGCAUGUACAAUAAAAACAUCCAUGAUUUUCAA